UUCCAUGUGCAACACCUAUACCCACCCCCACUGAAACAGAGCACCCUGCAAGCUUAACCCUAACCCUCUCCCUUCUGCUCAAUCAGUUCAGCAGUGGCCAGACUGGAUUGAAUCCUCCAUGGGUGAAAACUGAGUGAAUAAACCCUUUUAGCCUAUCAGCUUUCUUUCACUGAAUUCUGGGCCUUUCUGGGUUUUCCAUGGUUGAAAAAUUAGGGCUAUUUCAAGAGUACUGCAGCGGAUGUCUAAUACCACUGGUGCUCUUUCUUCUCUUCUAUAACUGUGCACGGAUGCUCUUCAGUUCAAAAGCAUCAAAUUGUCAAGUCACCUGCCAUUUGGGAGGGGGACUCUUCCAAAUGCACAAAGCAUGAAAUUUCAUGGACAAUGCCAAACAAGUUCGGUGACCGGUGUACAAGUGAUGUGAUCAUAUGCUUGAGAAAUAAAGAAGGAAGACCCGAACUAUUCUACACCCAUUCAUUUAUCUUGAAAACUAAGAGCAAGUUUUUUGCAGAAAAGCUCUCCGGUUCAAACUCACUUUCUAGCAUUGAGAUUCAUUGCUCAGAUUUUGAUUACGACUAUCAUGUUGACCUUUUGAGGUAUCUGUAUCUUUCCCCCGACGCACUUUUGGACUCGUGGGAUUCUGUUAAGUCUGCUAUUGGAAUUCUUCAGGUUUCAUCUACCUUACUCUGUGAAGAGAUUACGCUUGGCUGCGUUCAGUAUUUGGAAGCUGUCCCUUGGGAGGAUAAGGAAGAGGAAGAGAUCUUAAAAGUAGUUUCAAAAUUGGGUCCAAUAGCCAUGCCCAUAUUGGCCAGAAUCCAACCAGUUGAUUUAGUUGCUGCAAAAAAUGUUUUCUUGUCUGCGGUUCGCUUUGCCACUUCCAUUGGAGGACCGUGCCCUCCAUUUGGUGAUGAACUUAAAAAUUCUGCUCAAGAACAAGUUGAGUACAUGCUUGCGGAAGACGAAGACACUCCGUUGGUGACAGCCGAUGAGGAAGUUAAAGAAGUAGUAAAAAUGGGUCUUUCCGCAAUGUAUUUGUCCUUUCAGAAGGACUUAUCUGCCAUUCUCUAUGAACCUGACCUCUUAUCCGAAACAUCUGAGAGAAGUAUAAUGCAGAGCCUAUCUGACCUAGAAUGGAUUUGUACAAUACUCCCUAAGAUGGAUUUAAUGAAAGAUUUUGUCUCCAGUUGGGCAGAAAUUUCUUCUUCUAUCUUGAGGGUCGUUGAAGACAAGAAACUCGAAUCUCUCGUGUGGGGUUUCAAAAAGAAGCUCAUAGAAUUGACUGCAAAGGUCUUGGAAGCAGUAGGCUACGGAAAUGUAAUUAUUCCCGCACCAUCUCGGGUGCAGUUGCUAAGAAUCUGGCUACCUUACAUAAGGAAGAUGAAGCCUCUUCUGGAUUCAGUGGGCGACGAGGAGACUGGCUUUCCUUACAAGAUGGACGAAGAUCUCUGCCAGAGCAUCGAAGGUACAAUUGUGUCGUUUAUACUGGCAUUGCCAUCGAAUGACCAAGCUGAUAUUCUCGCGGAUUGGAUGAAAGCCGAGCAGGUGAGAUAUCCGGACCUUAGCGAGGCUUUUGAGAUAUGGUGUUACAGAACUAAGUCUGCAAAAAGAAGGUUGAUCGAGGGGCCCGACAGAGUUCUUAGCCUUGAUUUGUCCAACUGAUGGUUAAUAUAUUCUGGUGAUGAUCCUAUUUGUACCACUGUAUCAUGAUAUUGUAAUUCUGGUUCUUCAUUUCCUUGUGGCUUACUUACGAUUUCCGUCUUUGUGAUGUUGGAAACAAACAGCUGUAUCCAGGAAAUGAGUUAUGAGAGUCUUAUUAAUUAUUUA